AUUAGUGCCAACCAAUCGGCUAGCAGCCUGCUCUCACCACACUACUACUACUACUACUACUACUACUACUACUACUACUACUACUACUACUACUACUACUACUACUACUACUACUACUACUACUACAACUACUACUACUACUACUACUACUACUACUACUACUACUACUACUACUACUACUACUACUACUACUACUACUACUACUACUACUACUACUACAACUACUACUACUACUACUACUACUACUACUACUACUACUACUACUACUACUACUACUACUACUACUACUACUAUUACUACUACUACUACUACUGUAACAACAGAAGACAAGGGCCAGGCAACAGAUCGUUUUAUUAUGAAAAUCAACAC